UGGUGGCUGAACAGGAAGGAAAUCGGUCUGGCCACCCAGUUGGGUGGAAGGAGAGGAAGAAAUUCAAGUCCGCACUCUCUACGGUCCUGUGCCACUAGGUGUCGCGAAGCACUGGCCGGUGCUUACAAGUUACGAUAUGCUCAGUGAAUAUGCGAAGAGUAAAGGCGGGCGACUACCCACCGAACCGGAGCUAAGGCUCUUCCUCGACACAUAUGAGGUUGGAUUCGAGGGCGGCGCGAAUGUAGGCAUCAGAAACUGGCACCCCGUUCCAGCGACUACUGGUCUCGAGGCAAACGGCGGUCGUGGAAGCAAUGGUGGUGUCUGGGAAUGGACUUCGACGCCGUUCGAUACCCACGAUGGAUUUUCACCCACGGAACACUUCCCAGGGUACUCAGUAGAUUUCUUUGAUGGGAAGCACCAUGUUGUUCUUGGAGCAUCGUACGCUACGAUCCGCGCCUUGCUGGGCGGCGGACGAUUAGAAACUUUUAUCAGCACAAUUAUCCAUACCCGUGGGUCGGUGGGCGGAUAGUAUAUGAUGCGUGAGGAUGAAUAUGCUGGUUCUUUGUAAAGCAAUUCUGUAAGUAGACAAUGUAUUGUACAUUUCUCGCCGACAUUCGAUAUGUCGUUUCUGACUCGGAGAUGGGCACAUACUCAGUAUAUAUAUCAAGCCUGCCGUUAGAAUGUCUACAACA